CCGCGCACAGCUGCGCAGACGCCGGCUGCGGGUGUGAGCAGCAUGGCGGCGUCUUCGGUCGGCGAGAAAGAGAAGGAGCGGCCCGGAGGCGGCUCGGGCGCGGCGGGCGGUAACAGCACGCGAGAGCGGCUGCUGUCUGCGCUGGAAGAUCUGGAGGUCUUGUCGAGGGAACUUAUAGAAAUGCUGGCAAUUUCAAGAAGCCAAAAGUUGUUACAGGCUGGAGAGGAAAACCAGGUCCUGGAGUUGUUAAUUCACAGAGAUGGGGAAUUUCAAGAACUAAUGAAAUUGGCACUUAAUCAGGGAAAAAUCCAUCAUGAAAUGCAAGUUUUAGAAAAAGAAGUGGAGAAGAGAGACAGUGAUAUUCAGCAACUACAAAAACAGCUAAAAGAAGCAGAACAAAUAUUGGCAACAGCUGUUUACCAAGCAAAAGAAAAACUGAAAUCAAUUGAAAAAGCAAGAAAAGGUGCUAUCUCCUCUGAAGAAAUAAUUAAGUACGCACAUCGGAUUAGUGCAAGUAAUGCUGUGUGUGCCCCACUGACCUGGGUUCCAGGGGACCCACGGAGACCAUACCCAACUGAUUUAGAGAUGAGAAGUGGAUUAUUGGGUCAGAUGAACAAUCCUUCCACUAAUGGUGUGAAUGGUCAUUUACCUGGGGAUGCGCUUGCCGCAGGCAGAUUGCCAGAUGUCCUUGCUCCACAGUAUCCCUGGCAGUCAAAUGACAUGGCAAUGAAUAUGUUACCACCAAAUCACAGUAAUGACUUUUUGUUGGAACCUCCUGGGCACAAUAAAGAAAAUGAAGAUGACGUAGAAGUUAUGUCCACAGACUCCUCGAGCAGUAGUAGUGACUCUGAUUAAAAUGAUAUAGGAGACAAAAAGCAUACAGAAUUGAAUACCAUGGAAUUUUGUUUCUUAAACAAUUGCAAGCCUGUAAAAAUAGCCAGGUAAUAUUGGCUAUAGUGGAAUUGUGUAGCCCAUUAAAAAAUCACAGUGGACUUUGUUUUUAAAGCCAAAAAUCAUGAUUUCAAUUAUCAACUACUUGGUGAAUAUAUAGAGAAUAAUCAAAAUUUACUGUUAUAAAAAAGAUUAUUCAGUUCAGUGCUAUCUUACCAGGUUUGUUCCAGUUGUGUUGGACUUAUACAUAGUAGUUCUGGAAAUAAGAUUUGAGGGAAAUGACUCAUGUACAUAUCACUAAUAGGCCUCCUAGAAUUAUUUAGAGAAGCAGCAGCAACAACAACAAAGCAGUAGAUCACUGAAUGUACAUCAUACCAAAAUAACAAAAACCAUCAUUGAAAGUGAAGGUUGUUAACUUCUGUCACAGGCACAGGAGAAAUUGUCUCAUUUGUACUAUUUGUAAUUUUUGUAAAUAAACUAACUUUUGUUUGUACUUUG